AUGGCGGCAGCGGGCGGCGUUCCUGGGCUCGGGGUUUCCACGGGGCUGGAAACGGCGACUCUGCAGAAGCUCGCACUGCGGCGAAAGAAAGUGCUGAGUGCAGAGGAGAUGGAGCUGUACGAGCUGGCGCAAGCUGCAGGCGCAGCCAUGGACCCCGACGUGUUCAAGAUCCUGGUGGAUCUGCUCAACCUGAACGUGGCCCCGAUCGCCGUCUUCCAGAUGCUCAAGUCCAUGUGUGCCGGGCAGAGGUUGGCAAGUGAUUCCCAGGACCCUGCGGCUGUGUCUUUGCCCACGUCAAACAUGCCGGAGACCCGAGAGGCCUCCUUUCUCUCUGCCAGGAACUGUAGCCCCCCUGCAAGGCCCUCCUUUUCCUCCGCCCUGCAACCUGCAGCCUCUCCGGUUCUGCUCCACUGCCCAGCUGCCACGCACUCGCCUCUCUCUCCAGGGCCCCCUGCUUCCCUCCGGUUCUCUUGCUGCCUGUUCUCUCCUUUCGCAGGGAGAAACAAAGGCGGCCCUACUCUCAGUGGCACUCCCACACUGGCAGAACGCGGCAGCCGGGAAGGAUCCAGCCAGAGGAUGCCCCGUCAGCCAAGUGCCACCAGGCUGCCCAAGGGGGGUGGGCCUGGGAAGAGCACCCCUCGGGGUGGCACAUAGAACAGCAGAGCCAGUGGGCUACCCUCUUCUCCACAGAUGCUGCCCCACCAGCCUGUGGAUCACUGUCCUCCCAGCAGCCCCAUGUGCCAUUUCCUUCUGUUGGCUGUUUCUGAGAGGCUAAGCUACUGGACCAGAUGUUGUCAUUUUUGGACAUAU